AUGCGAAGAGAACUUGAGAUCUUACAUGUGAGACUUUUCAAGGCUAAGAAGCGCCCGCUGCGUCUCAUGGCUGUCCUGAUUACUGGUGUGACCGGUUCUGGAAAAUCGCAUCUUGCGCGCCAGUACGUCUGGACGCAUCUCAACGACUAUCCGGGCGGCAUCUUUUGGGUGGAUGCCAAAACGUUUCAAUCCACCUGCACCUGCUUCUGGGACAUCGCAGUAGAAGUCGGUCUCAUAGACGGUAAAACAGAACUCGGCGGUUCUGAAAGCAAGGCGAGCGCAAAACACGUCGACGCUGUUCGCCACUGGUUUCAGGCUAGAGAAGAGUGGCUGCUCAUCUUUGACGGCCUAUGCUUUGAUAAAGACGAGGACAUCAGUCGUCUGAAACAGUUCCUUCCCAACAACAAGAAUUGCGCGAUUAUCUAUACCUCCAUCGACAAGACUCUUGCAAGGAAACAGCGACUGUUCGAGCCGUAUUGUCUCACCGUUCCCCCAUUACGCGAGGAAGAUGGCUGCAAGCUUCUCUUCAAGGACAUGUCCAUCAAGAGGCCGACGCCUCAGCAGCUGCAAAAAGCCAAAGAGCUGGUCCGACACUUUGAAGGUCUCCCUCUGGCGAUUCAUGCCAUCAGUCAUCGGCUCAGUGCUGCGUCAAAGCCUAUAGAGAAAUACCGCGUCAAUUCACAUCUGACCGACCAGAAGCUUGCGGAGCCAUUUCUUGGGAUCAUGAAUGAUCUCUACCGCAUGCGCCGCUUCGAGGCUUUGUAUCUGAUCAAUCUCUUGUCAUAUCUUGGACACCGAAUCCCCGUUGGCCUCAUUGUCCUCGGCCGACAUGCUUUGGAGGAUUGGGACGUUCAGAUUUUAACAAGCAGCAGACCGGGAGAGAGACCAGACUUAGACACGACCCUGCAGACCCUCAUAAAGUAUGGACUCAUAGAGAGAACCACUCAUCCUUACGAUUUUUGGCAUCCGAAACACAGUCCCCAGCAAUCCAGCGAAAGCGUGGAUCUGAAGAGAGUAGUUAUCGCUGCAGACUCAUCGGAAUCCCCGACUGAAAGCAGCAGCCAGGAUGGGUUUUUUGCUGCUUAUCAGAACGUCUCCGUCAUAGAUAUAAUCAAGAUCCAUAGCGUUGUGCAGAGAUUUUGCCGCGAUGAGCUGAAGAUAAUGGACGAAGAAACAAAGGCAAUGGGCACCCGCGAUCGCAGCACUGCCGGAUUCUACGACUCAUGGUUAGUUGUUGCAACCAGGGUUUUCUGCAAGGCGUACGAGAAGGCCAAGAGCAAAAUGGACAUGCAAGAUGUCGGGCUGUCCAAAGAUUACCGAGAAUUCUCAACCCAUGGAUGUGUGCUUCUCGAGCUCUAUCCUAAGAAGCUAACAUCCAAGUCACCGCAACUUGUCUAUGAGGCACGAAGUGACCUGGAGAACACAAUGAGCAGCAUCGAACGUCAGAUCGAUGCCAUUCCCCCUCAUACAUCCCAGGAGGAGAUUCGCAAUAACAGGUCAGUUUUUGACCGAUACAGUAGCCCAUCUUCCUCCAUUCCUGACUCCGACGAGGGCCCUUCACGCCAGACAACAUGGGACUCUCGGGUAUUUGAACCUUUAGCUGCAGAAGCUCUGAAUAAGGACCGCCCUCGCCCGCCGAAAAGCGUUAAUCUAGGCCCCUUCCCGCCCCAUAUCUAUAGGUAUACGGCUGGUGAGGCGGGAUACGAGACCGACACAGAAGGGUUCAACGCUACGGUUCGCUCUUCCCCGGCAAUCUCGCAAAUCAGCGAGGACACUGAACGGCCGAGAUCAUCCCAGGCUUCGACUCCCACCAAUCUCGUGGAUGAUUUUGAAUGGAAUGUGGUCAACGCGUCCAGAUUUGUGAGACCCGAGUCGAAGACUAAGCCAAUUCUUCCAAUUCUCACGAAAUCUUCGGCACACCGGAUUCCAGAGCCUCCUGGCAGCCACUCGCCAGCGCAGAGAGCAUUGGAGACCUUACAGAGGGGCAGGGCCCGUCUAGAAGAGCCGCCGACGUUGAGUCUGAAAGAAAACAGCCGAAAUUACGCGAAUGUGGCAGUCGAACAUUCUGAGGGAAUGACGAUACCAGGCAAAGAGCUGUCGUUAUCCAAGAACUCCUUUGCUUCGCGUUUGCAGGGACAGCCUUCUUAUGAGUCGUUGUAUAGCGAUGGGAGCUACACCCAGCGGCAAUCAUGGAUACGGCCAACCGAUAAGGGUGCCCUAGAUCGCUGUCGACGGCCAGCUCAGAAUGAGCAAAGUCAUCUUGAGGCUCGCAUCACCCGCAAACUGAAGGCGUUGGAUCUAAACUCCGCCCCUGUUUCACGCUACCAUUCCCGCCAUUCUACUGCCGCAAUACCAGCAGAUCUCUCCGCCAGUUCUCCCUCUAUAUCGCCCUCAUCCCACGUCGGUCAGAUAGUUGGCAACCUUGGGACAGGGGAUGAAGGGGGAGUAGGAAACCAAAGGGUGUCAACAUCUAAACCUGGUAGCAACUUAAGCCCACUUGCGCACCCAUCGGCGAUAAUGCCCGGGACGUCUCCUCCUUCGAUAAUUACCGAUCUGCCCUCUGGCUACCUGACUGAACCGGUACAGCAGGAGUCUGUAUCACACGCAGAAACCAUGCCAGGCGAAAAACCGCAGCAUUCACAGCCUGCCGAUUCCAUUGUCUCGGGAACCGGCAGUUGGAUGGACGGUGUCUCUGCAAUAUUCAGGAAGCAUGGAAGAUAG